AUGCGGUACAUUUCCAGCCUCGCCUUGUUGGCGCCCCUAGUCAGCGCACGACCCCCGUUCAAGGGUGUCUUCCUCGAGAAGAACAGCGACCUACUCCCCAGCUAUGACUAUGUCGUUGUUGGUGCUGGUGCGGCUGGCCUCACAGUAGCGAACAGACUCUCAGAAGAUGCAGCCACGACCGUCCUCGUCAUCGAAGCCGGUGUAUUCGACAAGAAUGAGGAUUACGUGACAAUCCCCGGCCUUGCAGGCGGUGCCGUUGGCACGGUGUACGACUGGAAUACGACGUACGCUGCUACCGAAUCUGUAGCCAACCGAGCUAUCUCGAUACCUCAGGGACGAGUUGUCGGCGGCUCCACCAAGUUGAAUCGCAUGGUGUUCGACCGAGGGUCCCGAUCUGACUACGACCGCUGGGAGACACUCGGUAACACCGGCUGGGGCUGGGAUUCCUUGCUUCCUUACUUCAAGAAGAAUGAGAAGUAUACACCUCCGAACGAGUACAUGGUAUCGGAGUACAAUGCUACGUUCGACGCUUCAGCUCACGGGUCCGACGGCUACAUGCAUGUGAGCUAUGCGCCCUUCGUAUGGCCAACCACAAAAACCUUCAUCGAUGCCGUCAAGGAAGUAGGGAUUUCAAUCUCGGAGGACCAGGCAAACGGGAACGCACUAGGUGGCUUCUACUGCCCUCACAACCAGGAUCCCACCACAGAGACACGAUCCUCGGCCCGCGAGGCUUACUGGAACACCGUCGAGACCCGAACCAACUUGCACCUCAUUACCGGCCAGCAGGUUACCCGUGUGUUAACUAGCGCGAAAAACAAUGCAGUCUGCGUGACCGGUGUUGAGUACGCUCCUGCCAAGGACCAGCCAACAUCGAGUGUCAAGGUUAACAAGGAAGCAAUCCUGGCUGCUGGUGCUAUUUUCACUCCUCAGAUCUUGCAAGUGUCUGGAAUCGGAGACCCAGCCCACCUGUCAAGUAUCAACGUUAGUACUGUGGUCGAUCUGCCUGCUGUAGGCCACAACUUCCAUGACCAUGUCCUUUUGACUACGGUCAAUUCGAUCAAUGCGCCACUCGUGCAAAGCAACCUCACGUCGAACGCAACAUUCGCCGCGGAAUCCCUAGAGCUCUUCAAGAGUCAGCAGGCCGGCCCUUACACGGACCCGACCGCAGCUUUCCUGGUCUUCCUCCCCCUUAACAACUUUACCACAGAAGCUGCAACGAUCCACGAGCAAGCAGUUAGCCAGGACCCCGCCGCGUUCUUGCCGAGCGACACCCCAGCUGAGUCGCUCAAGGGAUACCAAGCACAGCAUGACCUCCUGAACGCCAAGAUUAUCACGCCCGAGUCGGCCGUCUUGGAAUACAUCUGGGCUGAUGGUGCUGUUGUUGUUGGUCUUGAACACCCUUACUCACGAGGAUCCGUCAAGGCUGCGUCUGCCAGCACAUUCGAUGCGCCUAUUGCUGACGCUGGCUUCCUCACCAACCCGCUCGACCUUGCCAUCUUGGUGGAGGGAGUGAAGUACAUGCGCACCCUGAUGAAGACCAACGCGCUUGCAACCUUCCAGCCCUUUGAGGUUCUGCCAGGCGCCAACGUCACAAGCGACGAGGACUUGGGCAACUUUAUCCGGCAGUCCGCAAGCACUCUGUUCCACCCAGCUGGAAGCUGCAUGUUGGGAGCUAGAGAGGAAGGCGGUGUUGUCGAUUCUGAGCUCAAGGUGUACGGUAUCAACGGCCUUCGCGUUGUCGACGCCAGCAUGAUGCCCCUGCUACCGGCCUCGCACACAAUGACCACGGUAUACGCCGUGGCCGAAAAGGCUGCCGACAUCAUUAAGGGCAUUUGA